AAGUAACCUGGGAAUGUCUGCAUCUACAUUCAAAAUGGCGGCCAAACAAUUGAGUGGGGUUCUACGAACAUAUAUUGCCGCAGGAAAAGCAUCUCCUUCUCCCCCGUUAGGUCCUUCACUUGGGCAGCGAGGAGUGAACAUAGCGCAGUUUUGCAAAGAGUUUAACGAAAGAACCAAACACAUUAUCACUGGAAUUCCAAUUCCUACGAUCAUCUCUUACAAGGGUGAUCGCACAUUUAGCUUUGAAAUGACUUCUCCUCCAGUCUCUCAUUUUCUAAAAGCGGCUGCAGGAUUAGAAAAGGGAGCCCAAAAACCAGGCCACGAGGUCACAGGCGCAGUAACCCUCAAGCAGAUUUAUGAAAUUGCCAAGAUCAAAAAACAGGAUUCAUCAAUGAAGAAUGUACCAAUGAGAAGUGUGUGUAGAUCAGUCAUUGCAUCAGCUAGGGGUAUGGGCAUUGAAGUGGUUCCUGGAAGAGAUACAGAUACGUAACACGCACCUUUCAUUGAGGACCCUUGUGACUAGUCAUGCAAUUGUUUGGGAAAUAUCUUGUGCGAGCUGAGAAAUGCACCUGUGGACUAUAUGAAGUAAAUUGCACAAGAAACUACUAAAGAGACAGACUUGGCUUUUCUUGGAAUUUAACUUUUCCAGUUCUUCAGCUUGUAUAAAUUGCCAUGGCGGUACCCAUGCAAAAUGAAAAGGAAAACAAUAGUAGGGAAGAAUGAUCUCUGUUUUUCUAUAUCCUGCUUCCUCUUUACAUUUUUUCAUUUUCCAUCUCUUUGCAUUUACAACUCAUCCUUUUUACUAACUGUCAGGAAUGGGCUAUUAAGGAAGUUGCAAAGGAGAUGGCACAAAGUCUACAUACACAGAAGAAUUUCUGUAUCAUAACUACAAUAUCCCAGUUCUGUUUUAAAAUUGUUGGAUUGUUGUCAAUAUCUGAGCAACUGCACCCCUACCCGUCCCUCCCCUAACCCAACAUUAAUCCUGAAUUGUUCUUGGUUGACUGUUGUGAGUUAGGGGAGGGGUUGGUAUGCAGUUGCUCAUCCAGAUUGUGUAAUAAAAGUUUUUGUAAACCAGCCACAAGUAUAUGUAUAAAAGAGAUCCUCCCAGUAGUAAACCCUACUUAUGUAGUCGUGGAAAUAAGGCCUGAAAAAAAUUCAGACCCCAACGGGAUUUAAACCCAUGACCUCUGCGAUACUGGUGCAGUGCUCUACCAACCAAGCUAACAGGCCAACCGGGAGUUGCUCAUUAUGUUGGUUCGUGUUUAACCCGUCAAAGUGCUAAGUCAAUGAAUUUCAAUAUGUGAAAAUCAUAUGUGUGUACCGCAGUUUUAUGAAAUGUUAUUACUCAUUAGGUUAUGACUCAUAUUAGGAAUUCAACUAUUCCCCAUGUGAGAGAGAGAGAGAGCCUGGGUAUGAGGUUGAUAAGAAAUACGCAUUAUUGUUCCAAAAUGAUAAAUUAUUUGUAGAAAGGCUUUGGUUUGAUGCAAAGUAGGUUCUCCUAAAAUGGAUGUCAAAAUGGGA